AAUCAGAGUCAAGACUCUUAGACGUCAAUAACAUUAUUAAAAGAUAACAGUGUCAAAUGUUCAAUAUUACUAUAUAAAUUCAUUUUGUUUAUUCAAAUAAAUGCCCGAUAAUUUGAACGAGUAGUUAUUAGUAAGUAUUUGAUAGGGUGUAGUAGAAGCAAUAGCAGUUAAAUAAUUGUUAUUCGUAAUAUUUAAAUAAUAAAAUGUUAAAUGACAAAGUGAUAUGUAUUUACUUAUUUCUUUGUUUUGUACUAUUGUAUGGAGUAUGUGAUAACAGCACAAGUCAACAAGACGACGGCCAAUAUUUGUUUGAUUUCACAAAAGAUGGUGACGUAGACGUUUGGCAAGAACAAUCGGAUACCGUACGAGAUGUGGGCAUGUCAAAGGCCAUUUUUGUUAUUCACAAAAAUGUUGGGUUCAGGCGAGCUAUAUUUUUUGCUCUUUUAAAUCCUCAAUUAAACGGAGCCGGUUUUGCCGGAAUACGGGCUAUUCAGACAUACAAUCUAACCGGCUACACAAAGCUACAAAUCAAAUGCAGAGGACAAGGACAAUUUAAUGGAUUCAAAGUAACUUUACGGCACAAAGGUUUAAAUGACGAGCCAAAUUACUCAUUCGAGCAAUAUUUCCAGGCACCAAAAGAUGACUUUGCCAUUCGUAAUCUCAAGUUCUCUGAGUUUAAAGCUUACUACAGAGGCAAAAGAGUAACUAACAAUGAAAUGUUAGAUUUAUCGCAAGUGUCAAGUAUUGGUAUACAGAUGUAUGGCGGAGUUUACCAACCUGUGAAGCAGAAGGGUCCCGCAACGUUGGAGAUAGAUUGGAUAAGAGCCGUUUAAAUUACAACAAUAAAAUAAAUUUGAUAAUUA